ACGGAAGGGAAUACACACACACGCACGGAGCUGUGGGCGGUUGGAGCGCGGUCCGCGGGGCUGCAGCUCCGCUCGGCGUUCGGUGCGCGUAACGGCACGGAGCAUCGCCCGGCUGCGGGAGCGGGGAACGGCAAGGAGCGGGGGGUGGUGCGGGUUGGUGCCUUCCCCGAACAGUCCCACGGCGUCGGUCGGAUAGGAGAGGAAAGGGGGAAAAGCUGGGUUUAGCAUGCUGGCACCUUCAACCCUGCCUCACUGGUGAACGGUGAGAAGCACAGCCUGAGCGGGACGGAAAGCGUUACCGUUGUGCCGUGGUCUCCCUGAGUGGGAGGAGCGAGAAGGCACGGGGCUUAAAAGCUCAAAAUCGAGAGAGAUUUGAACAUAGCUGCCGAGCCGGGCCCAACGAUCGGCAGCCGAGACGCAGGCGGUGCUCCAGGGGCUGCUCCCCCGCCCCUCACCCCCCGGGCCGCCGCGCAGCGACGCCAUGGACAUGGGACAGGCUGCUAAAUCAGCAAGGACCGUUGUCAUCUCUGGUGUUCCAGAUGGAGUUCUGAACGAUGAUGUCAUGAGCGACAUUCUGGUGAUUCAUUUCCAAAAGGCAAAGAAUAACGGUGGAGAUGUGGAAGAAGUGAAGUAUCCAACAACGGAAAAAGGAGUUGCAUAUAUAACUUUUGAAGAUCAAGAAGUUGUAGGGAGUGUUCUACAGAAGAAUGAGCAUCGACUAGAAGACAGGAGGCUGCCCAGAUACUAUCCUCUGAAAGUAACUGCUUACUGUGAAAAUGUCUUCAGCUCUGUCACAGCUGUCCUCGAUAUGUCUGUUUUCAAAUAUAAAUUUGUUUUGGAGGAUCUAAUACAAGAACUUAAAAAGAAGAGCACAGCUUUGAGCUUUGGUUCUUUACAAUCCAACGGGCAUAUUUCUGUUCAAGGGUCAUUUCCAGCAAUGAAAUGGCUAAGAGACUUCCUGUUACUAAAAGCAAAAUCCCUCUCAGAGGACAAAAAUGAAGAAAGUAAGUCCCAUCAGAGACCAAAGAAGAGGCUGCAGAGACACAGACUCACCAGAGAGAUGAAUAAUUUUGUUCAUGAUGCUGAAGGGGAAAAGCAAGUGGUUGUUCUUGACACAGAUGUAUAUCACUAUAUGAAGUGCUUCUUUUCCAAGGAGCUCCUCGCAAACACCGAUGUUGUGAUUUCUGACGUCACUGAUGGUGAUAUAACUACCCUACAUCUUCAGAGAGGCAGAAGCAGGCCUGAUGCUGGACAAGUAUUAAGAGUCAAGGAGAAAAUUGAAAAUCAGUCUAUAAAACUUCAUAAAAGUUUACGUAAAGAAAGGAUCAACUUUGAGAGGUGCAUCAGAGAUAAGAAGAAAUACAGAUCGGUGUGUGAAAGUGUAAAAUCCCGCUUCCCUAAUGUUUUGUUUAUUCCUUGUGAUACUCAUAUUGAUUUGAUAGGAAGUUCUUCUGCAGUUUUUGAAUUUAAACGAGAAGUGAACAAAAAGAUGCAGGGCCUGUUUCAAAACAGGUAGAAAGAUAACAUUCAUGUCUGUUGAACAUUGCGCUUCUCAUAAGCUGUUCUGGUGCAACCUUUGUACCUCUAUGCCACUUCAGAUCUGCUUCAUUGCUCCUACACACAGUCUGGGAAUGCUGCACAUGGGGAUGAAAAGCCCAUUCCUCCCCAGAUACCAAAUUGAGUUCAGUCCAAGAAACAAAUGAUCUUUGUAUCCUGGUGAGCUUCAGGAUGGAAGAAAUGAAGCCUCUUCUGUCCAGAUAGAGACACAUCCUUCCUUUCAUUUGCUGCAUUCUGGCCACAUGCACUCUGUCUUGCUGUCAUGCAGCUUAUGAUGUGAAAAGAAGAAUUUUUGAAGAUUCUUCAUUAGCAUAAGAAAUAGUAACUGUAAAGCUGGAUGAACCAACCUGGUAUGAAGUGCUGCACAGAAGUUCAGGUGUUUCUUUGUGCAAGGAGAUGACCACUGAAGAUAGGACUGGUGGCCUGCUGCUGCUGCCUUUAUCUGCGGAGGAAAGUUCUUGUUGAGAUGCACAAAGGUAGACCUUUGGUACUUGAGAAGGUGGAACGCUUGUUAAAUCUGUAGGCUUGUCAUGUCCUGAAAAAGGCCUUACAAGCUGGCACCAGAAGUUCCUGAGAGAAGAAACCGAGUUUGUCUUUAUAGGAGCAAUAGCAGGUUUUUUUCCAGUAGUAACAGCAGCUGCAGCAUCCCUGGACAGCAUGUUAUUUAGACAUGGAAGUAUGUCCAUAAUUUUGCUGUAAAAAUCUUGGCACAUUUAAACUUUUAAACCAGAUCCUAUUUAUACAGUUCUUAGGCCCAAUGUGGGAAUAGAGUAGUUUUUCUGAUCUAAGACAUCUCGUGGUGCAGAUACAGCAGAUAGGAGCAGUCCUUUUUUUCUGUGUAAAACUGAUAAGUUAAUGCAGUAACUAGUUGUACCUGAGAACAGAAACACCUUUAUCCUAUUCAUACUUUCCAGUUGUGUUUUCCAGAACAUGUCAGAGACUGUGGAGAUUUCUGCCACCUCCUGUAAGGACGGGACAGCCUGAUGAAGACUUAGUCACUGUUAAUUACUUUCUGAAUUGAAUGCCUUAGAACACUAAAUAUCUCUUUUGUUAGCAGCUGUACACAUUUUCAGUUUUUGAUAGGUCAAGGUAUGAAUAUAGUUGUAAAAAACAUUUUUAAGUAUAUUGUUUAGGCUUACCUGCUUGUGUCUGCCUUGCCCUUUGCUUUCAUUUCUAGGGUUAGGUGCCUGGAGUUAAAACUGAGUGCUCACUACAGAAUUCCAUCUCAUUCACUGAAACUGGGGCUCAGGGCACUCCAUAGGAACAUGACAGAUAAGAGUGUGUGAUUUAAAGUUGAACCUUUUCCAUGGAGAUCCAUUAUGAGUCCAGAUGCACAUCCUUCUGUGAUCUUUUUAGAAAGCCAAGUUGAAAGUGUGUUUUGUGAUUUCAGAAUGUUCAGAAAUACGUUGCUGAGACUUACAGACCAUUAGUUCUUUUACAUGCAAAGUCUUAUGAAAUUGAAUUUAUGAUCCUAUUAAAGAAACGAGUUUCAAAA